AUGAACCAAGAAGAUGUGGAGGUCUUCUCCAAGGAGACCUUCUUGACGUCGAUCAAGCGGAUCUCAGAGUCCGGUGCAGGCAACCGGAAUGCGCAGAACUCCAACACAAUCGUCAUCGAGGAAGCGCCAGCCAUGGCAUUAGUUCGUGAGAAGCACGCACAGCUUCACGAUGUUGUUGGCUCUUUAUCCGAGAAAAUCAGCGCAGUGCUGGCUCGACAGGAGCGAGAUUUCUUGGCUGCGUAUCGAGCGCACAUGUACAACGUCCAGAAGGAGCUGCACGAAAUGCGUGAGAAAAUUCACCGGAACGAGACUUACAUGAAAGAAAACUUGGAGGCGAUCGAAGAGGACCGGAACUGGCUCGAGAAGCAGCUCAAGGCGUGCAAAAAGCAGAAUAAACUGCUUCGUGCCGAACUUGAUGUUCGUCUCGCCGUGCCUGGAAACAAUUCUGGGUCGGAUUCUGGUGGAGUCUUCCCUCCUUUCGACACACAGAGUAGGUCAGGCUCCAAAAUGCAAAAGCAUCGAAGCUCGCAAGAUCCGAUAUCCGCCGCAGCACCAACAGUAGGAGCUCAUGGUUUACCCCAUUUGAAUCUGGACGUUGCUUCAACGGGGCAGGCGGCGAUGUUGGCAGAAGAGCGAGAGGAAAAACUCAAAAAGCAGAUCCACGCCUUGAAACGGGAGCUGCAGCAUAAAUCAAACGAGCUCACAACGAUCAAAAGGCAGCAACGCCUGCUGAGGCGAGAUGGGGGUACCGGACAAUCGCUUCUUGAGCGGUUUUUCCUGCAAUGUGUUGACUCGGUGAAGGAGGAAGUGGCACCCGGGGACAAACCUCGCCAACCAAGAUUCGACGUUGAGCUGGAUGACUUCACACCAAAUGACCGCGUACGACUAAUCGAACGUUUGUUAGCUCACGACGAGGUGCUCACCUUCCUGUACAAUCACCUGUUCCCGUCUGAGAAAGCUUCAGCAGUUAACAUGGAUAGGCUGGAAAUCAGCUGGAGCUCGCAGCCAUCCGGACGUGGCGCACAAAGAGAUGAAAUUCCAUUCCCGGUACUGCAGGCUUCAGCGAGUCUUCCCGAUACAUCAAUUCGAAGUGGAUCCCUGUCGCUGGACCUUUUCACCAAGGAAUACUUGAAAUCAGUGUAA